CUGAGAGACGCUGCGGAAGGGUAGAAGAAACUUUUCAGUAAUCCAAACGGAAAAAACCUAGUCCAUUUUUGGUUUUCAGGACCCUCUCUCUCUCUCUCUCUCUCUCUCUCUGGCUCUCGCAUUCCUUUUAUCCUCCAUCAAUUCUUGUCCCUCCCCUUCCGAUCCCCCUUCCCGUUUCUAGCGUUUUAAUUCCCCAAAGGAUCAGAAAGAUAUCCGAAAUCAAUCCCUGAUUUAGUUACCGCCUCACGAUCUGCGGAGUUACGGACAGGUUCCAUUUCCAACGGUAAAAUUCGGGUUCUUGAGGUUUCUAGGGCUUUGAUCGGGCUAAGGAGUUUCUGAGGAUGGAUCCCCCCCAAGAACUCGACGAUUACAUUAAAGAAUCCAUUGAUCACUCACUAGGUCUCCCCGUAUCCAAGCGAACUCUUUUGUUGAAGCUUAGCGCCUUUGAAGACACACAACGCCGACUCCGCAACCGGUGCCUUUCCCUCCAGAACAAAUUGCAGGAGAAAGAAGACGUCAUCGAGCGAAUUAGGGCUGAAUCGAGUAUGAAUGCACAAGCAUUGAAGAAGUUCGUGGAGGAGAAUCAGAAAUUGGCUAUGGAGUGUGGGAAUCUUUUAAGUCAGUGUAAGAAAUGGGAGAGGGAGUGCUCGCUAUACGAUCAAGACCGCGAAGCUUUGAUGGAUUUUGGGAACGAGGCCGAUGAGCGUGCCAAGGAGGCCGAAAUUCGAGUUCAUGAGUUAGAGGAGGAGGUCAGAAGGUUGUCGGAUGAACUGCAGUUCUACAAGCACGACUACGACAUGCGUUCGGUUGAUUCAUCCUCUGAGGAAACAAUUAUCGAGAACAAUUUACUUGAGUCAGUGUUAACCACAUUGAUCAGUAAAGAUGAUGUUGCCCCAGCACAUGCUUUCUUGGAGGCCAAUAGCAGACAUGAGUCAUGUCAAAUUUUGCUAAAGAUGUGGAAUUGUUUGAGGCCAUCAACGCAGAAGGCUCUAUCACUAGCUGCUGAAGUGAAUACACUCGAGAAAGAUAAGGAACGCUUAAAGGUCAACCUUAAUAGAGCUGAAGAGGAGGUCAAAAUGCUGUUUGAAGAAAAUAACAUCUUGGAUGCAGAGAAUAAAAGGUUACUGAGGCAAUUCCAGAAAGAAAGAAACAAUCAUGGUUCUGGUGGGAAACACACUGGCAGUGCUUCUGCCAAGUCAAACAAGCGAAAAUCGAGCCCCAAGAUGAGCAGCCCAAUUGAGAAGAAGCUUGAUUUCAAUGAUCUAGAGUCAACGAGACAGCCCCUGUCAAUCUUGCAAUACAACUCCCCUAACCCUAAGAUGCACAAGUUCUAACUGAAUUUCAUAAAUAUUUCUGAUGUUCUCUUCUUCCCCCUUGGUAAUUCUCUGUAUUCACAGUGGCAUUUACAAUUUAGAAUAUCUUGAACAUUUUUUUCGGUCACUAAGAUUUCUAGGAAAGGAAGGGCUUUCUUCCUGAUCGACAGCAACAUCAAUCGUUAGAAGAGUACUUAAAACAAGCGUAGCUGAGAAAGAUUACAGAUCUUGUUAUUGUCUGAGUUGGCACUAUAGGGAAAGGUCUGACAUUUGAAAUGUGAAUUUUGAUGAGAGCUUCCUCGGCAAUCUUAUAUGAGUUUUAUUUGAACCUUGUCACAGUAUCUGUAAUAAAUUUGAUUUGUUCUUGCUUUCCCUUGGAGAUCGCAAAACCUUGUGUAUUUUUCUAUGGAACUAUGGUUUGCUGUGUUGCCAAAAUCACUUGCUUGGAUGGGGGAGUUUGUACGCCUGCCUAUUAGGUUAAAUGGAGAGUUUUGGUACAUGUAGCA